ACGAACAACGUCUCCUCCAAACCUUGCCUAGAGUACGUGCAGCACAGAGCAAGCUAGCUGUAGCUCUGGUCGCCGUCGCACCUUUCAAAAGGUUCUUAACGUCCAAGUGAGCUGCGAGGAAGCUAGCUAGCAACGAGAGAUUGCUUCCGAAGCCAUGGCGAGCGCAGGUUCCAUUGCCGCGCGGCCCGUGCCAGGCAGCUACGGGCUCCCGGUGUUCGGGGCCCUGCGUGACCGCCUCGACUACUUCUACUUCCAGGGCCAGGACAAGUACUUCGAGUCCCGCGUCGAGCGGCACGGCUCCACCGUCCUCCGCAUCAACGUCCCGCCGGGUCCCUUCAUGGCGCGCGACCCACGCGUUGUCGCGCUCCUCGACGCCAAGAGCUUCCCCGUGCUCUUCGACGUUGAGAAGGUCGAGAAGCGGGAUGUCUUCACGGGGACAUACAUACCUUCAACCUCACUCACCGGCGGCUACCGCGUCUGCGCCUACCUCGACCCCUCGGAGCCCACCCACGCCAAGAUCAAGCAGCUGCUCUUCUCCCUCCUGCUGUCCCGCAAGGACGCCUUCGUCCCGACCUUCCGCUCCAACUUCUCCUCGCUCUUCGCCACCGUCGAGUCGCAGGUCGCGAAUGGUGGGAAGUCCGAUUUCAACAAGCUCAAUGACGUCACCUCCUUCGACUUCAUCGGCGAGGCCUACUUCGGCGUCCGCCCCUCAGCGACCGAGCUGGGCGCCGGCGGGCCGAGCAAGGCGGCCAAGUGGCUAUUUCUACAGCUCGCGCCACUCGUCACACUGGGCCUUCCCUUGUUCCUCGAGGAGCCUCUCCUCCACACGGUGCCACUCCCCUCCAUCCUCGUCAGCGGCGACUACAAGGCGUUGUACAAGUACUUCUCGACCGCCGCAUCGCAGGCGCUCGACACAGCCGAGAGCCUCGGCCUGUCACGGGAGGAGGCCUGCCACAACCUGCUGUUCGCGACGGUGUUCAACAGCUACGGUGGCUUCAAAAAGCUUUUCCCUGGUAUCCUGGCGCACGUCGCCGAUGCUGGCGAGAAGCUCCACGAGAAGCUGGCGGCAGAGAUCCGCGCCGCCAUCGCCGACGCCGGCGGCGAGGUCACGGUCCCAGCGCUGGAGAAGAUGGAGCUGACAAAGUCCGUGGUGUGGGAGGCGCUGCGCCUAGACCCGCCCGUCAAGUUCCAGUACGGGCGCGCCAAGGGCGACCUGCAGAUCGAGAGCCACGACGCGGUGUACGAUGUCAAGAAGGGGGAGAUGCUGUUCGGCUACCAGCCGUGCGCCACCAAGGACAUCCGCGUGUUCGGCCCCACAGCGGGGCAGUUCGUCGGCGACCGGUUCGUCGGCGAACAGAGCAGCAAGCUGCUGCAGUACGUGUACUGGUCCAACGGGCGGGAGACCGAGAACCCCAGCGUCGGCAACAAGCAGUGCCCCGGCAAGAACCUGGUGGUGCUCGUCGGCAGGCUCUUCCUCGUCGAGCUAUUCCUUCGUUACGACACCUUCACCGCCGAGGUCAGCACUGAUGCGCUCGGUGCCAAGGUUGCUUUCACCGGCAUCACGAAAGCUACUUCCGGUCCUGCCACUGAGUAAACUUGCACCAGCGUUCCUUAAUACCCAUCGAUGCGAUUGGUUGGAUGCAUAUGGGAGCUAAAUCACACAACUCCUGCCUCAAUCUAGGGAAUCAUUCCUCCAGUACUGUACUUGUAUGAUUGUAACGCUCUCACAGAGAGACAUGUGGUACAUAUAUUAACGCGCUACGUGCAAGACC